CAGUAGUGGUUUUUGAGCACACUUUUGACCGUGUAAAACCCUGUGUCUUUAUCGCCUCCAUCUAUGUUUGGAGGUCUUGAGCCUAUCCCCGACAAUAGUCCUCAUCUACGUAGGUCAGGAAGCCGACCCGUUGUGUUUGAUAUCGGUAAGCCGGGAAACAGUUCUGAAGAAGAUUUUCUGCUUCCUAAAAAGUUGAAUGAAAUGAAGGGUGGGGUUACACCAUUGAGCAGUGCUGCAAUUAUGCCUUCUCCACUUCUGUUGUGGAGAUUCAAGGUACUAUUGUUUUUCAUAUGGGGUUUCAGUUGUUGCAAGGUCAGUUUCCUGAUUGGAUGGGAUUCAGUUAUGAGAAUGAGUGCAGAUCUGCGGGAUUUAUUUUUAUAUGAGGCUUUCUUGUAUUACAAUCCACUCCUCCUUGUGACUAUGAUGGUUUGGCUCUGGGGGAUAAAUUUAUGGGUUUUUGCCCAGGCUAAUGUUGGUUAUGCUAAAAUUUUUGACCUAGAUCAAAAUCAUCUCAGUCAUAGAGAGAUAUGGAAGUGCGCUAUGUGGAUGACGAUCAUUGUCCCGACUAGCAUGACGGCGUAUCUUUAUCUUUAUUCUCAUGGAGAAGUUUCCUUGGCUGCAUCUCAACCAGCAAUAUCAUUUCCUGACUUCUUUUUGGCUGAUAUAUUUACCUCUAUGUCAAAGGUUUUCUCUGAUUUGGAGCGUUCAGUUUGUCGGAUGGCUCAUCGCCAGGUUGCUACCAUUGCAUGGUUUGAAGCAGAUUCUGUAUGUGGGAGUCAUGCAGUUGCAAUACCUAUUGUUCUCGUUUUGCCUUACAUUUUUCGGCUCUUUCAAUGUCUUCGGCAAUACAAGGAUACAAGAGAAAAGACGGCUCUUUUUAAUGCCUUAAAGUAUUCAACGGCAGUACCAGUUAUUUUCCUGUCGGCACUCAAGUAUCAUGUUUUCCCUGAGAAAUGGACGAAUAUAUAUCGGCCUCUAUGGCUAUUGUCAAGUGUGUUGAACUCUUUGUACUCAUUCUACUGGGAUAUCACACGGGACUGGGACUUGAGUUGCUUUACUCGAAUUUUCAAGUUCAGCAAGCCGCACAUCUUAUCCUACUUGUUAUAUGGAAGGAAAUGGGUGUAUUUUUGGGUGAUCGGGAGCAACCUUAUCCUGAGGUGCACUUGGACUUACAAGCUGUCGGCUCAUCUCCGCCAUAACUAUAUUACGGUGUUCACAAUAACUCUUCUUGAAAUGCUUCGUCGAUUCCAGUGGGUUUUUUUCCGAGUCGAGAAUGAGUGGAAUAAAACCAACUCGAAAUCGAAUGUCCAGAUUAACAUGAUGGACUUGUCUAAAGAGGAUGAUAGAUUGCUCGGCUCAAACGGGCAUAGUGUAUAGACUGACUAAAGAAAACAGAGGGUCUCUUUUACUAGCUACAUUUAAUCCACACCAAUAUACUAUUAUUCUCAUUAACUCAGGAUAUUGAGACAUUUUUGGAAUUCCCGUUUUAUAGAAAUUUGAGUUUUUUUAACACAACUGGUCUUUAUACACGUGCCGAAUAUAAACAGUGUUGCGCUACAUAUAGCACUACAGGUAGUGUGUACUCGUAUUAUUCAUCCACGACUACAAUUUUUCUGUUGUUGGUAUUUGAUAUAUUUGAG